AUGGUAGCAGCCCGAAAUACACCUCAUCUCACUCAACAGCCAAACCAGCAGCAAUGUGCAGCACCAACACAGAACUUUCUUACCACAAAUAGCACCCAGCAACAGCUAACUACAACCACGUUUCCUUUAAGUACUGCAAACACACAACACCUGCAGCAUUUAGCGUUGCAGCAGCUGCAUCAACCAGCUGGCCAGCAGCACCAGACCGCAGCACAGGCCUCUCAGCUACAGGCGUCAUCUCCUGCAAACACACGACAACAGCAGUCAGCAACUCCAGUUCAUCAAAUUGCAUCAAGUAUACAUCAUCUACAGCAAAUGGCGAUGCAGCAGCAGCAUCAAGUGGUUGGAAAGCAGCGUCAGCCUCCAGCACAGGCCUGUCAGUUUCAGGUGUCAACUCCUAUCGACACACAGCAGCAGCAAUCCACAAAUCUAGCUCCUCCUAUGUCAGCAAAUAUACAAUAUCUACAGAUAUUGGCGACGCAGCAGCAGCAUCAAUCAGAUGGCCAGCAGCACCAGCCCACAGCACAGGCCUCUCAGCAACAGGCGUCAACCACUGCUGACAGUCAGCAGCAGCAAUCUCAGACUCCAGUUCCUCAAACUGCAGCAAGUAUACAAUGUUCACAGCAAAUUAUGGCGCAGCAACAGCAUAAACUUAUUGGUCAGCAGCACCAGCCCGCAACACAGGCCUCCCAGCUACGGGCCUCAUCUUCUGCUGACACUCGGCAGAAAACUAUUCCAGUUCCUCAAAAUGCAGCUAAUAUACAACAUCUUCAGCUAUUGGCGGAGAUGAAUCAGCAUCAACUGGCAGGCCAGCAGCAUCAGUCCGCAGCACAACAAAUAUUCAAUACUCACCGCAAAUGGAUACGCAGCAGCAUCAAAUGGUCGUCCAGCAGCACCACCUAG